CGCUUCACUUUCUCUUUCUUCUUCGUUUCUCUCUCUAACACACAGUAAUGGCUCUACAACUGUGGGAGACCCUAAAGGAGGCCAUCGUGGCCUACACCGGCCUAGCUCCGGCGACGUUCUUCACAGUGGUGGCGCUUCUCUUGGCCGUUUACUACGUCGUUUCGGGUCUGUUUGGGUCUCCCCCUGACCACCGCCAACACCAAAACCGCCACCUGGAGGAGGAGCAGAUGCCGCCUCUGCGCCCACCGGUUCAGCUCGGGGAGAUCACGGAGGAGGAGCUCAAGGCAUACGACGGCUCCGAUCUCGAAAAGCCGUUGCUGAUGGCCAUCAAGGGUCAGAUCUAUGAUGUCUCUCAGAGCAGGAUGUUUUAUGGACCCGGUGGACCUUAUGCUCUAUUUGCUGGCAAGGAUGCUAGCAGAGCUUUAGCAAAGAUGUCUUUUGAAGAGAAAGAUCUGACUGGGGAUAUUUCUGGUCUUGGCCCAUUUGAACUUGAGGCCUUACAGGACUGGGAAUAUAAAUUUUCAGAGAAGUAUGUCAAGGUUGGAACUGUCAAAAAAACAGUUCCAAUAACUGAAGCAGAAUCCACCGGUGAACCAUCAGAAUCAGCUCCCCGUGAUGUUGAUGCUGCUAAGCCUACUGAAGAUGACCGAUCAGAAACUGCAGCCGUUAAAAGUGAUGAAACCCCUUCAAAUGUUGGUGCAGAUAAAGAGUAACGGUCUGGUUUUCUCACAUACGCUUUUGCAAAAAAUGAUGGGAAAAAACUUAUAGGAAUCGCUGAGAAGGCUGAGUAAAUGUCAGGCAAGUUUUCGUUGUUAGUUUAGACCACCCCUUUUGCGUUGUGGCUCUGCUUGAACAUUAAGCCUGAUAAAUAAUGAAUUGUUAGUGGUAAAUUAUAGUUACAUCUUCCUUUUGUAUUCCAUAAGAUGUAUAUUACUUAACGGCAACAGACCAACGACUUUUGGGAUCAUAUGUUGGGCUGACUGCUGAGUAGUGAUCUUUUGUAUAAUCCUUGAUGAAUAAUGCAUUCUCUGUGCCAAUAAUAAAUGAAGGAUCAGUC